GGUAGAUGAAAGCAGGCGUUUUGUUGUAUUUUAUGUUUCCAAAAAAUAAAGUAAAAAAUAAAUAAAUAAAAUACAACAAAACACUCUUUCUCAUCUUUUUCCAUGUUUUGAAUAAUUUUUUUUUUUUUGCUUUUCUUGGUUCCUCUUGAUAAAUUAUUGACAUCAUGGCAUCUAAUUUAUCUUUGGAAGAUAUCAAGAAUGAGCAAAUUGACCUUGAAAACAUUCCAGUGGAGGAAGUGUUCCAGCAGCUAAAAUGUAGCAAAGAGGGAUUGUCAUCUGCUGAGGGCCAAAAAAGGCUUGAAAUUUUUGGCCCCAACAAACUUGAAGAGAAAAAAGAGAACAAGCUUCUCAAAUUCUUGGGGUUCAUGUGGAAUCCUCUCUCAUGGGUUAUGGAGUGUGCUGCUAUCAUGGCUAUUGUGUUGGCCAAUGGAGGAGGCAAACCACCAGAUUGGCCAGAUUUCGUUGGUAUCACAGUAUUGCUCAUCAUCAACUCUACCAUCAGUUUUAUUGAGGAAAACAGUGCAGGAAAUGCUGCAUCUGCCCUUAUGGCUAAUCUUGCUCCCAAAACUAAGAUUUUGAGAGAUGGAAAAUGGUCAGAAGAGGAGGCCUCAAUCUUGGUUCCAGGUGAUAUAAUUAGCAUUAAGUUGGGAGAUAUCGUCCCAGCCGAUGCUCGGCUUCUCGAGGGUGAUCCUUUAAAGGUUGAUCAGGCUGCUCUCACUGGUGAGUCAUUGCCCGCGACAAAGUUCCCUGGUGCUGAGGUUUUCUCUGGUUCCACUGUCAAGCAAGGAGAAAUCGAGGCAGUUGUCAUUGCAACUGGUGUUCACACUUUCUUUGGAAAGGCUGCUCAUCUUGUAGACAGCACAAACAAUGUUGGCCAUUUCCAGAAGGUGUUGACAGCCAUCGGAAACUUCUGUAUUUGCUCUAUUGCUGUGGGAAUGGUGAUUGAGAUAAUAGUGAUGUACCCAAUUCAGCAGCGAAAAUACAGAGAUGGAAUCGACAACUUGCUUGUGUUGCUCAUCGGAGGUAUCCCAAUUGCCAUGCCAACAGUCUUGUCUGUGACCAUGGCUAUCGGAUCUCAUAGGCUUGCACAACAAGGUGCCAUUACUAAGAGGAUGACUGCUAUUGAGGAAAUGGCUGGUAUGGAUGUUCUUUGCAGUGACAAAACCGGUACCCUCACCCUCAACAAGCUCACUGUUGACAAAAACUUAAUUGAGGUUUUCCCUAAAGAUGCGACCAAGGACACCGUUAUGUUGCUUGGUGCUAGGGCUUCAAGGAUCGAAAACCAAGAUGCUAUUGAUACUUGUAUCGUUAACAUGUUGGGUGAUCCUAAAGCAACUUUCAUUUUCAUGCUUUAUCUUAAUUAUUGA